AUGACCAAAUUUGGCGAUCAUUAUUUUGCCGACUUUCCCGUAUGUUUCUCCUCGUGUUGUUGUUUUGCUUUGAUCCUUUUUCUUCUGCUACGCAAGGGAAUUUGGAAUCGUGGCUGUCAUUUGAUGAUGUCUUCGCCAAGUCAAGAUCAGGAGAGCGAUGCUUAUGCACUACUGGCCCUAAAAUCAGGCGCUGUUAACCCUGCAAGACAACUGUGGUCCGGUGUCAACACCGUUACUCCUAUAGCUAAACUAGAAGGUCGUGAGUUUGAAUAUUUGGUUCGACAGAGCUUGAUUAUUAUCGGUCGAAACAGCAGUCUUGGCAGCGUGGACGUCAACAUGGGGCAUUCAAGUUUUGUUUCAAGGAAGCACUUGCAGCUGAAAUAUGAAAAUCCAGACUUCUUUCUCAGUUGCAAUGGCAAGAACGGGAUAUUUGUUGACGGUGUUUUCCACAGACGGGGAGCACCUCCGUUAAAAUUGCCUUACGCGUAUGUAUACAAACUUUAAACUUUGUUGAGCAAUAUUUUAUGCAGCCAAUGUUAACUUUAUUCUUUCUCUUACAUGGCAAAGAAUGUUAAUUGUUGAUUUCUUUCAGUUGUGUGCUGCGAUUUCCGUCCACAAAUGUGAAAGUUCGGUUUACGUCUUUGGUAAGUGACAAGACCCCCAAACGUGUACCAAGUCCGCCAAGAACAAAGCUGCUACCACCGCUCCGAAUAAACAUCCCACAGUCAGAUGCAAACCUCACUUCGCCAGUCCCGUCUCCAACGGGAACCAUAAGGUACUGAAAUGUUCUUGUUGUUUGACGCGAUUUGUCAUUGAACUCAGCUCCCGGGGUCACAGUGAAUUGAGUCAACCGUGAACUUUUCAGAUUUUUUGUGAGCUUAGUUCUAUUUUCAAUAAUUUUACACACGCAUGUUUUGACCUCGCAGGUUCUUUAUUAUUUAACUGUGACCUGGUAUAACCGUGGAAAAACUCUUGUGGUCGCUUAUAUCGAAACUGAUAUAAGCUUACCCUUGGCCGAGUAAACCACUUGUUUAUUUUUAUGCAUGCGUGCAUGUAAAAAAUAGUUUGGGAUAACAGUAGUUUCUUAUUCGUGAUCUUAUUAAGCCUUUUUUCGCAAAAGCAAUUUCUUUUGAUAGAUUGAAGAAAUUUUGUUGAGACACAAGCAAGAUAAAUUUUAUUUAUUACUGUCACCACGUGUUUAAUUGGGAAAGUUCGAUUCGCUGCCCUCUCUUGUUGCAGAAGCUGGCUACGUGCCUCUGGCUUAUAAAACUCUCUUGCUUUCGUUCAACUCAGUUCCUUCUAUAACUCAAUUUUCUGACGUUUGCUGAAAUAAAAAGUGAUAAUUGUACUUUGCGCUUACUUUGAAGAGAAAUCGGUGAAAAUAUAUAGAUUAGCCACUGAUUCCGUGUUUCGCAAUCCGCAUGUUAUGGAAAUUAUUUCCGACCUACGCCAAUUUCAAAUCCAUCGUGUCUUGUUUAGUCUGCGCAUGGCAAUGUUUAUUUUGUUUGGCAAUAAUGGAAAGUUUUGAAGCAAAAUCAAAACAGUUAAAAGGAAAAGAAAUCCUAAACGUUAUACAUAAAAAUACUGGCUACUUUAUUUUGUCGAUUGCCGUGUGGCUUAAAAUUUAGCUUAAAUAUUCUUCGAGAUUGCUGGCGUUUUUUGUUUACUUGCAAACAAAGACAUAUAUCUUUUCCUUCUGGCACAAAAUAAUUUUGUACAGAUGUUUUAAAUAGUUUGUACAAUUAUUUCCUGGGCACGCGUUUAAAAAUAAGAGUUGAGCGGCGUCUACGUGUGUUUUUAUUUUUGAUUGCUUUGUUUUGUACAAGAUCAGUACAUAAAAAAACAGUAGGUCGAUGUUGUUAGUUAAAAUUUCUCCGUUAAAAAACAGCGUGUUUUGACCACUGCUUGAUACUUACGAGUUCAUUUGUGUGAAUAGUUUCAAACAAAUCUUACCUUGCACAGUCAUGUUAUUUCUUCAAAACCUCUAAUAAAAGCAGUGUAAAAAUGAUUGCACAGUACUUAUUGUUUAAUUCAGGUGCUGUUAGAGCUCAAGAAAUUGUUUGUAAUAAUUUUCUCAGCUUGUUUUCUUGGGGAAAAAAGCAAGCAUUGCAAAUGGAAAACAGUGUAAUUUUGUAAUCAUAUAUAUAAAUAACAAUUUCAUCGAGAUAUCUCUAAAUUCCAGUGAGUCAUGGUUUGGAGUUUCAACUGCCCAAGACUUCUAAGAACCAUUGAUUAUUGUGACAUGCUGUUUUUAGUAUCCUGGAAAUUGUAUCUGGUAACGAUUUUGCUUGAAAAAUGAUGGCUGGCAUCUCUGUCAGGCUUGCACAAAUUGUGAAAUUUAACAGACGUGUUAUGUCCCGAAUUUGGUGGCUUGAGCAAGAAAUUAUUUUAAGCUCAUUUAGAUGAACAAAAGCCUACUUCAUCUUCAUUACCAUAAUGCCACUUCAUCAGUGUUUUUCUUAGUACUAAUGUGGUGUGGGUAGCAGUCCAGUCAGUACAUUGACCUUUCAUAGUUAACGUAAAACUGCUUCAUACAGGCAACUGCCAUAGUUAUAUCAAAUUAAGUGUUUAAUUUUUUUGAAUUAAUUGUUUCUUACACUUGAAAAAUAAAUGUUAAAUAUGGCUAUUUCUAUUUAUUUUUCUGUCAUUAUUAACACCAUCAUUUGGAAUGUUCUUUGUGUUACUUACGUGCAACAAUGGAUGGUGUAACCAAAAUUGUUAAACAGUCACACAGAAGACUAUCAAAAGCCAAAAACAAGGAUAUUCUUGCCAAAUGCUUGGUUACUGUAUAUAGUGGUCUUUCCCUUCGUUAGAAGUAGAAAUGGAAGUUUCAAUGAAUUUACAACAACCGAAUAGGGGGGGGGGAGAUUGCCUUUAAACAGUUUUUCAAAUCAUGGUACACAGAUGGAGGGGCCAAAACAAGGUUUUCUGUGUUGUUUUGCAGACAGACUUAUUCAGAGUUUAGUUUCGUGUGUUGUUAUUCAUUGACUGUUUUCUUUGCAUAAUUAUAGUGUACCCAACUCAUGUCCCGCCAGUCCCCGCGGGGAUUCCAAUCACAUUUACGCUCCAAACUUGCAUGCUGUGGCAGAAUUAGCCGCUCAGGACGCCCAAGCUUUAGCCGAGGAGGAAAAACCCAACCCUGGAGGAGGAGAUGGAGGAAACAAGGAUGAUGGAAAGCCACCAUUUUCUUAUGCGCAGUUGAUAGUCCAGGCUAUCCUGUCUGCCCAUGAUAAGCAGCUAACAUUGAGUGGUAUUUACACUCAUAUAACCAAGAACUACCCAUAUUAUCGUAGUGCUGACAAAGGCUGGCAGGUCAGUACUGUGGAUUAAAAAUUUAAUGUUAGGUAAAUAUCCCACGUAAAUUGGUUUACUGCAAAUUAAAGGCUGGUGCUCACUUAUGCACAACUAGCAACAUAUGUAGUUGUAGUAGCUUUCUUAUUAUUAGGGACCUUAAGAUCCGAGGACGGCGACGGCAGUGAAAACAUUGCUUAAAAAGUGAAUUCGCGUUCAUUCAAUCUUCAUCGUGACAGUUCCAACUCACUUACUUUGUCAAAUGUAGGCGAACUCUCCUGGAGCUACAUUCCUGAAAAACCAAAUCCGAGUUCAGAAAGAGAAAGAAAAUUUCAUAGUAGCUUGUUUACAUCCUCCAUAAAACGUGAAAUUAGGCAUUUUCUCGUCGUAGUCGUGCAGUGAUGGCAAAGAAAUGUACAAAAAAGCGUGAUCACGUGCAAAGUUGUUGUUUUGCUAAUAUUAACCUAUUGUUUUUUUGAAGUUCCCGUUGCCGUCGCCGUCGUCGGAUCUUAAGGUCCCUAUUAAGGCCUUUUGUGAGGACCAAACUGCCAACUCAUAAUCCUUAAUUUCAGUGAAUGAUGAACCAAGGAAGUUUUUGUCUAUUUGUAGAAUUCCAUUCGUCACAACUUAUCCCUGAACCGUUACUUUGUAAAAGUGCCACGUGCACAGGAUGAACCCGGUAAAGGUUCUUUCUGGCGGAUUGACCCAUCAUGCGAGCAGAAGCUGGCAGAGCAAGCAUUCCGUAAAAGACGCCAAAGAGGAGUGCCCUGUUUUAGGCCGCCAUUUUCUCAGUUAUCAUGCAGGUGAGACAACUGACGAUGUUGCAUGGUUUUAGUUUUUUGUGUGAACUGGCCAUCAAUGUCUUUGUAAGUCUGUCUGUCAGUCUGUACACCCAUAUGUAAGAGUAUUUCUUUUGUCCUUGUAGCUCACAGCAUUAACACAUCCAUUUAGUCUAUUUCAAAGCAUUUUUUUCUACAUCAAUGGCACCUUUAGUAACAUGAUUCCAUCAAGAGGUGAUGUUAAAUAAAUUACUUAUUUUUUUAACACAGAUCCGCACCUGCCUCACCAACACACGGACUUCAGUUCCAUGCUCCCACUGCUCCUAUAGGUCACACACCACAGGAAAAUUCACCUACUAAAACAGUCGCCCAGACACCAGAUGGUAUUAUAUCUCAAGCCAAACCAACUCCCACAUCACCUCCAGCCAUCCCACCAGCAGGAUUACCCCCUCCUGUUCCUACAGUACCUCAGGCGGCAGCAGCUAUCGUUAAAUCAGCUGUCUCCUUCCAGUCAAUCGCUGCUGCCCAGAUAGUAGCACCCCCUCUGGCUGUGAGUGUGAUCAAGUCUUCCUUGCCAACGGUUAAGGAAGGUGAGGGGGCUGAUUCGGAGAAAAAUGGUUUUUCUCAGUCGUCUGGAGAGGAGUCACCCAUAGAGAAUGCAACACAGCUGGAAACAAAAUUAGCAGUUACUACCUUACCAUUGGCUGUGCAUUUAGUAAAACAACCGCCUCCUUCACAGGUCAUAUCUGGGACAGCUGUUCAAAGCUCAGGUAAACAUUACAUUACAUCUAAAUCACCACUAAUGGCCCAUGUGAUCCACAUCCUUUUUACUGCUACUAAGCACAGGGCUAAUCCUGUGAAAAGAAAAUUAGGGAAGACAAGUAGAGAAAUGAAGAAGUUUCAAAGACCAUUUUAUUGGGAAAUGACGGGAAGCAUCAAAAGUGCUACCACAAAAUUAAUAUUCUGCUCUGGGACACCCUUCUUUUUGUUUCCUAAAAACCAUGUUAACUAAUAUGACCACCUUGUUAGUACAUGUACAACUAGGUUUUUCAGGCCUGACGUUGGUGAUUAUUAUUAUUGGGUUCAUCUGUAAAGUUCUACUGCUUGAUGAUCGAGCAAUUCCAUUUUACUGGUACAGAACUUACUAAUUUAGGAAAUACUUGGAGAAAAAGACAAGAUGGAGCACUGCUAACUGAAAUUAUCGCUAACCGAGUCCUCUUCCAUGAUGAGCCAUUUGUUUUUCCCUUGGUUAGAAGUUUGUGUCUGACCAUAUGACUUUGUCAUUUCAGUAGGUUGGAUGUUGAAUUGUUAUGGAAUUUUAUUUGCUCUGAAAAAAACUAUUGAUCUGUCUGUAUUUCAGGUGGCCUGCUUACACCCAUCCCAACCCCUGGGGUCUCACCGACUGGACCAACCCAGGAAGCUGCUUCUAAACCACAAGUAGUUAAAGUUCCCAACCCUUUGCCACUCCCCCUAGUAACAACUGCAUCACUUACUCCUGAAACAUCUCCAUUGGGAGUGCUUUCACCGGCUGCCACUACUGCAGCUGUUUCCAUGGCAAUGAAUGGCGCCAAGCGAGCACUUAGCACAACUCAAGCCCCAGCAAGUACCGACAAUGAACCAGAUAUCAAACGCCAAAAAUUGGUGCAACAGCAAAAUGUUGUAUGGCAAAACAGACCUGUAGAGAGUAAUAACCAAGAGAAACUCUAGCAUUUAGAAACGCAUUAACCUACCAGUGUGAAACCAGGUUAUACUGGUGACUGGUUGUGAGUAAUACAAAGUGACUGUAUGCAGUUUGUAGUUACAGAAGGAAAGAAAACAAGGUUAGACUAGUUUCUGCAGAGGUGCAUAAAGCAUGAAAUGCUUCAGUCUACAUUCAUGUAUCAAGUCACCUGAUAGAAAACACUGGAUUCUAUAUUUACAAAAGUGCUUUGAUGUCAUCAUUGUCCAUUCACACUUUCGUGGUAUAGUGUCCUAGACUAUACCUCUCUAUGUUCAGAGGUUAAAGAGACUGCAGGAAUUUGGCUAAUGCUUGCUAGUGGUGAAUAUGUACAUCAUACAGUCUACCAGUAGUGAAGCAACAUGGACAAUCAAAACAGUCACAUCACAGCAUUGAACAUGACUGUAAACAUGAUUCCACUGGCAAACGCAACAAGCUGCUUAAAGUGCAGAGCUGUGCAGGCAGGUCAAAAACUAUGGUUGACUUACUGUUGCAGAUGAAUUGGAGAGCUUUUGUUGUUACCAGACUAAUGACACUACAGAUUAUGCUGGAAUAUGCAGACACAUUGACAUUAUAAGCAAGAUGUUAUUUUAUGGAGAAAGUAGGCUGGAUCUACACUGCUGAAUGGAGAAAUUGGUGCUCCUAUGGGUAUGAUUAUAUAAAAUGUGUAUACAGUUGCCUCAAAACGUAGAAGGGUUUAGCAUGCGUUGUUAAAUGUACCGUAAACUAACAGCGCAAGGGGAAAUGUUAAAAGGUGUCGGAAAUAACUAGCCUUGGCAAACACCUCUCUCACUCAAGAUGUGUUAGCAACAUUAUUUUUGGUCACAUGCAAGUAAGCAAAUGGCUCUUCAGUUAACUUAUGGCUUUGAACUGAGGUAUCUAAUACUUAGCAGAUGCAGAGGGAAUGUACAAGAACAAGCGGUAAUUCGCCUUAUGGAGAAGACAAUUUCAUUUGUUGAGUUAAUUAUUUCUAAGUUUAUGACUCUAAAAUCGUUAUUUGAAAGUAAAGGUCAGUUAAGAAUUUUUUUGGAAACUUCAAGUACUAGAAGAUCAAAAUUAAUAUUUCUUACUAUGCCCAAUGUUUGUGAUAUCUUUUCUUUUUCAAAAAUAACAUUGUAUAAUGUAAUUGUGAAAUAUCAAUUUACAUACCGGCAAAGGCACAAAAAUCAAUAAUUAUUGUCAUUUUCCUUUCAAAAAUAGCAGCCCAAACCUUUUCCUCCACUAUAAGAUAUACGUGUCAGACAAUCCAUAGAAAAUGAACUGUGCCCCUUAUUUCAAGUGAUUCCACAAAUCUCUAAACUUUUUUUUCUCAAAAACUACUUCUUUCCUUGGAAAAACUUAACCUGUGCAUAUGACAUAGUUACAAGUAAAAGACGAAGAUCUAAUUAAACACAGAUCAUUAUGUUUCUAUUUUUAAAUUAUUAUAAGUCAUAGUUUGAUUCAUUAUACUCAUUAAAACAUGGUUAUGAUAUGCUUGACGUGCAAAAUUAGUUGGAGGCUGCAGUGACAAAAGUUGAUUUCAUGUACUGACUAAGGUUAUAUCAUAGUUUUUCGAAGUAUAGGUUACAUUUUUGUGUACCCAAUAUGUCGUUAUUGAAUGUUAGAAGGGUGCAAUAAGAACGUAGAGAGGGUAUUAGUAAUUAUUAGUAAUUUUAUUACUUAUACACCCCCUAGAGGCGAAUCUUUGUUUACAUAUUUUUGUCUCAUUGGCAUGUGCAUUUCGUCGUGUGAUUAAAGCAAACUCUCUGAAUAUUGAAAGAAUGCGAGAAUUUCAGUUAUCUGUGAAAGUUUUGAGCCCAAUGUACCAAUAUUUUAUCUUUGAAAAACUCGAAACUUUACAAAGAAUGCACAUGUAUGGGCUCAUUACAAUUUGGUCUCCCAGCAAUCUGCACAGUUUUCAAUGGCUGCUAUUUCCUUUGUUAUUGCUUGUAAAGAGCUGAAAAUUGCACAAAUUGUUCAAAUUAACCAACUCUUUCAACUUUUGAAUUUAAUAUGUGCAUGCGGUCACACCUUCUAUGGGUUAAGUCAUAUGCUAAUGAGCAAAAAUGCAGACAUUGAUGUCAGCAAAGUUUCGCCUAAAACCUUCCAUAGAUAGAGAUCUUGCAAAUCUCUUAUAUUUAGCAUGAGAGGAAGGAAGAGUUGUGUGUCAAAAACCCUUGCUUCAACCAAUCAGAAUCACGACCCGUCUUGGUUGUGACUUGUCAUCAGUAUGGAAUUUCUGUAGUUGUUCCCCUGGCCUCAUUCCACACCAAAAGCAGUCAGUGGUGGAACAGCGAAAUUUCAGUUGUUUUCUCAGGCUCUCAACCUGUCUAUAAUAACAAUACUAUUGAUUAUUACAUUAUGAAAAAGGUUUUUCACCUGCUCUGGCAAAGACAUUCAGUCUGGAAAAUCAUUUAUUGCAAUUUUUGUUUUUGCUGAGACCUGUCUGUUUUGGGAGUUGUUUGUCAAGGGCGGUUCAAUUUCUUUUAAAUGAACAUGAGCUUAUCAUGGUUUACCCUUUAAUCCCCAAUGGAGACAAAUUUCUUGUACAUUUCUUUCUUAAUUGGGUCAUUUAGAGAUGAAAUGGGACAGUGUUAUGUUUUUGGUAUUCUUCGAAAAUCCAAAGCUAACUUAAUAAUUAACUGGCAAAUGAGGUAUGAUGGUCAAAUUGAAAUUUUAAAAUGGAUUAUUAUUUUAGAGUACAGAAACCAGCCUUUAUAAAAUAGACUGAAUGCCAUGUUUCAUGAAAGACAGGGCUUUCGCAGGUUAGGGUGUCAGUCAAACUAAGAUUUAACUUCAGAUUCUCUUAUAAUAAGAGUGAGUUUUACUCGGAGGUUUGUGUGCAACUCAUUCUCAAAAAAAUGUCAGUCUAUUAGCAAUGUCUAAAAUGUAAUACCUGAAGAAAUUGCAUCUAUUUAUUAAAGACCUUGUUGUCCCACAUUUUCUUAAAAUCUUAGUUUGCAAGUGCCUUAUAGUAGAAAACAAUUUUAUGUAAAGAAGAAAAUGAAGCAAACUGCAAAGUUUUGUCCCUUUUGGUCUUCUAAGAUGGCAAGUUAUACUGAUUUGAACUUUAAGUUUUGUAGGCAUUGUUCCAUGGAGGAAAAAAGCACAACUGCCUAGCAGUAACGGUGUGAUUAAUGACUUACGAGUGCUAGUCUUGGAUGCCUGCAAUUUCUGUAAAAUUUAAACAACAGAUUGUGCAUUUCGUUUUUAUUGUUAGAAGUCUGGCUAAAUUUCCGUAAAGUACUUAAAACCAAUCUUGAUCAUUCUCUAUGCAGUUUGCAGUCUGUUUUUUGCUUUGCAUUUGAGUGAUGACAUUAAUGAGUACCUCAGUCUCAAUUUCAUAAAAUUAUGUGUAGACAACUCCCGAUUUGUGGGUGCACUGAAAAAAUUUGAUAAUAGUAACUUAUUGAAAGAAUUUGUUUGCAAGAUGCAUACAAGAUUUUCUGCAGGCUUUUGAGGGCACGCGUGGUUUGAAUGGUAAAUUAUUUUAAAAGCUUGGCCUGUCUUGAAAAUGUGUGCAGCUGAUGGUACUGGACAUUAAAGUAACCUUUUGAAGGUGAAAUG